GCGAGCAUUAUUCAUUAUUAGCUCGAGCCUAUGAAUACUUCAUUUCCAAUAGAAUAGCUAGAAGUUCUAUAUUUGUUAAAAUUACAGAUAGUGUAAAAGAAUUGUGUUUUCAUUGAAAAUAUUCAACUAAAAUAAAAAAAAAAAAAUAAAAAUGCGUAGAGUUCGUACACCAGAAAGGAAACCUAUUAACAUUUACGAAGGAACAUUCGACUUAAAAGCUAAAAUUCUAGAAUGCAGUCUUAAGGAUUUGGAUGCUUCUAUUAACAUUUGUGACUUGACAAGUAUUAUUAACAAAUUCAAUGAUUGGAAGAGGCUUAUGCCAAAUGUAGAACCGUUUUAUGCUAUCAAAUGCAACGAUGAACUACCAGUUUUGGAAACACUUCUCCAUCUUGGCAGUGGUGUUGAUUGUGCCUCGUUAAAGGAAAUCGAACAUGUCCUUAAUAUUGGAUUCAAACCUGAUAAAAUUCUUUUUGCCAAUCCUAUGAAGAAUAUUUCUCAUAUUGAAUAUGCCAAAGCUAAUAAUGUUACUGACAGUACAGUGGACAAUGAAUUUGAAAUUUAUAAAAUAUUUCAACAUUAUCCAGAGUCAAAUGCUGUUCUUCGUUUUCGAUCUGAUGCGUUAAAGGCUUACAGGUCAUUUGGAAAGAAAUUUGGCUGUGAUGCUGAGGAAGAUGGAGUUGCGUUGAUGCUUGUAGCAAAAGCACUUGGAGUAAAUGUAAAUGGAGUAAGUUUCCAUGUUGGAUCUGGCUGUAGUGAUUUGUAUGCAUAUGACAGAGCUAUUGAUACUGGAAGUAACUUAUAUAAAGCUGGUAUUAUGAUGAAGCAUAAAAUGGAAUUGGUCGAUAUUGGCGGUGGAUUUCCUGGACAUAAUGAUGAAAUGUUUUGUGAAAUUGCAGAAAUUGUUAACGAAGCUUUAAAAAAAUAUAUGAGUGAUGUUGAAGCUAAAAUUAUAGCUGAACCAGGAAGAUAUUUUGUUUCAGCAGCUUAUACAACAAUAUGCCGAGUUUAUUCCAAGCGUGAACUUCGUGAUAAAGAUGGUGAAUUGGAGAAAAUUAUGUAUUAUGUAAAUGAUGGAAUUUAUGGGACAUUCAAUGCUAUUAUAUUCGAAAAAAUCAAAGUUGAUACAAUUCAUUUUAAGGAUGAAAAUAGCAAAACAUAUAGCAGUUUAAUAUUUGGUCCAACUUGUGAUGCUGCAGAUAUUCUUUGCGAUAAUAUUCAACUUCCAAAUCUCAAAGAUGGUGAUUUCAUUGCUUUUCCAAAUACAGGCGCUUAUACGGUAACGAGAUCAUGUGGAUUUAAUGGUUUUAUAUUGCCAAAAACUAGUUACUAUAUAAGAAAGGAUAUGCAGUUGCUGUAGAAACAAAUAAGUUUAAUUUUAAAGAU